GACCCUGCCCUCGUGCCUCUGUCGCUAGGGACGCUCGGCCAAGACAGCUGCAAUGGAUCAGGAAGAGGCGUUGACGGCCGUGGACAAUAUAGUCACUCAGUUCAACACCUAUGAAGACUUCCUCGACUCGCAGAUCACGACCAUGGACUUGUACUACCUGGAGGAUGAAGGUCUGGCACGCCAGCUGGUGGAGCUAGGCUACCGAGGGACUGGAGAGGUAGUGAAAAGGGAAGAUUUCGAAGCAAGGAAAGCAACUAUAGAAAUUGCAAGGCUGGCUGAAAAAACUCAGAAAAAGACAUUAACAAGUGCUGGUAAAGACCUGCAAGAUAAUUUUCUGAAGGCUCUGGCAGCGAGAGAAGAAGACAAUCGCAAUGGAAAAAUGAGCUCUGUGAUCUUUAUUCGUGACAGAAAUUCUCAUGGGCAGGAGGUGUCAGGAUACAUUGACUAUGCCCACAGGCUAAAGAUGGAAGAUUUUGAAGUCUACUUUAGUGGAAAAAGACGACUUCUGCCAAGACACACAGAUAUGAGCUUUUACAACUGGGACAGUCAUAUUGCUUUUUGGAAUUCGACUCCCAAUUAUCAAGUGAUUGAUGAUAAUCCAGAAGGCUUACUUUUCAAAUACAAAAGAGACAGAAAAAUUCUCAACGUGGACCCAAAGGCUCAACCAGGUGACAACUCUACCAGAACUCCUAUCCAGACAGAACUCUACAUACAAGCUGUCAUUUUUGAUCACGUUUCCAGAAGAAAGACUUAACUAGCCAACAUGGUAGAUGGUUCCCUGAUGGUUUCUUAAAUUGAAAUGAAUCCUGUAACCAGACUAAAUUAGAAUAAUAACUGAGGACUCUAGCUGGAAGGCAGAUUAGAAUAAUAAAAGUUGGUAAAUUAGGAAGAAAACUGUAAUAUUGACUGUCUUUUUGCAGUACAGAUAGCCUCUUAAUCUGAUUUGAGGUUUUUCUAAUUUUCCCCCCCUAGUCCCUGAAGCUAACUGAAGCAAUUCAUGAGAGAAAAUUUUGUGCUCCUUCAGAUAUAUAGUAAUUAGUCCCUUAUUUUGUAACUCAGAUUUUCCAAAACAAAAAUGGGUCACUUUCUGUUGCCAAAUAUAGCAAAUGAAACCUUAUGCCAUGUCUUAGUGCUAUCUCCUACGAUUUUGAAUACUAAGAGAUCUCAAGUUGAAGAAUAGGCAUAAGGAAAUAUAAACACAAGGUAUUCAUUCAGUAGCUUUAAAAGAGUAAAACCAUCUGAAAAUCCCAUGAGAUGAUGCAUAAAAUGAAUACAGUAUUUGAUAUAUCUUUGAGUCUAGAAAAUUUGAACCUCAUGACAGUGAAGCUGAAAAAAUGAAAUCUAAAGGAAAUCAGAAAAUUUUAGAGCAAAAGAGAAAAAGAACACGUUGCUACUGUGCCCUUGCAGGUAGCUUUUGUGCAGAAAAAAAUAUUAUUCAGGGACCACUUGUGAUUUAAAAUUAAUAUUUGGGCAUCCAUUUUCUCCUCUCCACUCCCUUCUCUUCCCUUUCUAUAAUUCAGGAUAAGGCAAUUAGAUGAGGCCAAGCAAGGUGGAAAUCUGCUCCAUGUAUGGGGUGGGAGAGUCCUGAGCAAGGUGUCAGAGCUCCUAUGGAGUGAAAAGGGUGUAUGCAUGGGGAAGUGAUGGCCUGACAUGAGGUGAGUAGUAGAAUGAGUACUACUCACACCCAAUCAGAGUAGAAUGGUGUUAAGUUAGAAUUGGAUGUGUUGCUGUGAUCUCAUUGUUUUCAAUAUACAACUGAUAGAGAAUAUAUGUUAAUGCAGGCAUGCAUAUCUAUUCCUUCCCUCUGUGCCCGGGGAGGGCUUCAGAGCAACAACACCCAAUGUCAGUGAGUACACUGGCACCCAGAUCUUAGAUGCUCAAUGCCAUUUUCUACCAAAAAAGCCAGGAUCGUUGGGAAAAUGACUGAUUUUUAGGGCUGAGGCAAGGAAAAUACAAGAGGCUAGAACAUCUUUUUGUGCCAGAAAGGAAAGAAGUUCUUGGAAAAAGAAGGGAAUUUAUCAAAAGGACACAGAAUCCACAUUGAAAAGGUUCCCACUGGCCAAAUCAGGGAGAGUUUGCACAUCAAAAUAAUUAAAUGAUAAGAGCAGGCAUAAAACAGGAAACCACGAGUCCAUUCUGAUCUACAUAAAUGAAUAAAAUGGAAACUUUGAAGAGGAAAAGGAUAUUUAUGUAGUAUUUCCCACAAAAUAAUUAUUAAUUAUAGAGGGAACAAUGGAAAAGGCUGGAAGACACCACUUUCAGUAAGUGAUUGAAGAAAAUACAAUAAUAAUGAGGCAAACUGAAUCUGCUCCCCACCAAAUAAGAAGCAACAGAGGAACUUAACAUCCCUUUUAUAAUAAUCCUGCCCAAACUGCAUAUCAUGGUUGUAAUCACAAGAAAACUCAGACCCAAAUACAGGAACAUUGUACAAAACAACUGGCCUGAGAUCUUCAAAAGUGUCAAGGUCAUGAAAACAGAAGGCUGAGAAUCUGUCCCAGACUGAGGGGGACAAGAGAGAUGUGGUAAUCAGAUGCAAUACAUGAUUUUUGAUUUGUAUCCUUAUCCUAUAAAGGGAAUUUGGGAACAAUUGAUGAAAGUUGAAUGGUUUCUGAAGAUUAGAUGGUAGUAAUGUAAAAAUGUUUAUGACCUGAUUUUGAUGAUUAUGUUGUGAUUCUAUUAGGAAAAUCUCCUGGAUUGUAGGAAAUUACACUAAAGCAUUUGGGAGCAAGGGGCAUCAUGUCAGCAAAUUACUUAUAAAUAUUUCAGGGGGAAAAGGUCUUUGUGCUGUACUUGGAAUUUUUCUGUAAGUCUGAGAUUGCUUUG